AUGACCGCCGGCUCCCGACGGAGGCGGCCCGCCUCCUCAAUGGCGCCUAUCGCCCUGUCCGUACCCACCCCCAACGCCUCCCCGGCGCCGCGGCGCCUCCGCCGUCCGGCCAUCGCGGCCGCCGGCGCCGCGCUCGCGGCGCUCCUCCUCCUCGCCGCGGCCGCCGCCGUCUGGCGCCCGGACUACCUCCGCGCCGCGCUCCUCCGCCGCCCUGCGCCCGCCGUCGCUAGGUUCUACUCCUUCGACCUGGUCCGCGAGUACCCCCACGACCCCGAGGCCUUCACCCAGGGUCUCCUGUACGCGGGAAACGACACUCUCUUCGAGUCCACUGGCCUUUAUCACCAGUCGUCGGUCCGAAAGGUUGAUCUUCAAACUGGCAAAGUUUUAGAUCAGCACCAAAUGGAUGGACAUAUGUUUGGAGAAGGCUUAACACUUCUCGACGACAGAUUGUUUCAAGUUACUUGGUUGAAGAAUGAUGGAUUCAUAUACGACCGACAUAACUUUAGCAAACGUGAAAGUUUUACCCAUAAAAUGCGUGACGGGUGGGGGUUGGCUACGGAUAGAAAAAUCCUAUUUGGCAGUGAUGGUACUUCAAGGUUGUACCACCUGGAUCCAAUAUCGCUUGAAGUAACAAAGACAGUAACUGUGAAAUAUCAAGACAAUGACGUUUCCUAUAUUAAUGAACUGGAAUAUAUAAAUGGUGAAGUAUGGGCAAAUGUCUGGCAGACAGAUUGCAUAGCUAGAGUUUCUCAUGAAGAUGGCCAAGUGGCGAGCUGGAUCUUUCUUCAUGAGCUGAGGCAGCAAUUAUGGAAAUCUGGCAACACGGAUAUUGAUGUUCUAAAUGGUAUAGCUUGGGAUGAAGAAAAUGACAGACUGUUCGUGACCGGGAAACUGUGGCCAAAGCUUUACGAGAUCAAGCUGCGCCAGGUGGAUGGGCCGCCGGAUGGGUCCGUGGAGAAACUGUGCCCAAGGGCAAGCUUUUAUCGCUGA